AUAAAGAAAAAAAAGGUAAAUAAACGAAUAACAUAUCAACACAACGUGAGUGAGUGAGUGGAUACGAAAGUGUCAUACAAUAGCUUACACAUAUACUCACGCACAACAAACAAAUAAAUAAACACACGCGCUUGAGUAUUCAAUUUACAAAACCGCUCUCGAGAUUUAAUGGAAAAACUUGUUUAAAAAAGCAUUUAUAUGUUUGUGUGCGCGCGUGUCGAAUUUUAUGACGGCGAGGUUUCGCUUUUCACAUAUAAAAAAUAAACCAAACCAGAUUGUUAUUGUAUUGCAUUAUACGGAGAUGUAUUCGUGUGUGUGUGUGUAUGUGUUUGCGUAUGUAUGUGCAUGAAUGCGACUAGUAAGCCAGACUAUUUUCGUAUUUACUUUUAAUGCAAUUCAAGGAAAAAAAGGAAAAAUUUUAUAAAAUGAAGAAUAAAUUAAUCAACAUAUAAUUAAAAUGAUGGCAAACAAAAUCAAUUCUUUUAUAUUUAAUAUCAUUAACGAUUUUAAAUUGUUUUAACAAUUGUUCAGCAAAAAUGCUUCAAUAUCGACAACAACUCAACACAAUAAACAACUGCAGUCGUCACCACACCAACUGUUUACUUGACAAAUAAAAAUAUUUCUCGAAAGAGUUGCGUUGUAACGUUUACUGUCAACGCAUUAUUUUGAUUUAAUUGUCACAAAAAAAAAAAAAAAAAUCUGAUCUGACAUCUAAUAAAUGUAUCGUCUAUGAAUUGGCUUUUACUACUCGCUUUUCUCUUCAUCAUGUGCACUGCACACAUCGUCAAACUAGAAGUGAAAUAAUCAAUUUAAAGAGAGUAUCUUCGAAAUAGUGCAUCGCGUAAAAGAAAAUAAGUGACAAAGCACAAUUCGUGAAUGAUCAAGCGGCAAAUGAAGACGCGUUCUCUUGCAGUAUUUCGCCAAUUUACUUUUAAUUUCCUCCAACUAUAACAAACUAUCCUAUCAGCUCGCUGUCUUCUCUCUCACUCUUUUCAACAUCACUGGUGACUGGUUUUCAAAUUUUUCACUUAAUUAAAGUAGUGCCAAAUAGAAAAAUCUUUCAAUAAAGUGCGUUGGAGGUCGCUAUCGCUAUAUCUUAAAAUUCAGCCUAAUAAACCGGGAAAAAAUUUUAUCUUUGGUUAAACAAGAACAAAAAGCUGUGUUUGUAAACUCCUAUAAUUAGGAAGGAAUAUGAAGUCAUGAGACCGACAUUUGAUUGCAGAUUUUAUAUAUUAUUGUUCAUUAUUUUAAUACAAUGCAUUUUCCCAAUACAACCGCAAAAUAUCAGAACGCUACAGCAGCGACAUCAAUUAGGCCAACCAUACGAACAACCUGCCGACCAAAUAACCAAAUGGAGCCUCAAAAAAACUCUAAGCAAUCACUACUCUUAUCGUGGCCUCUACGAGCCCAGUAUAGAAAAUCACGAAAAUAUGUUAAAUGCCCGAGAUGACGCUAAGCCUGAGAGGUAUUUAUCAAUAUAUCAUAGUGAAUUAAUGCUACAACAAAAGCAGCAGCAACAACAACAGAAACAACAGCAACCCGUGUCUCAGCACCAUUAUGAAUUAUAUCAAAAUAGUUCCAUUGACAAUGUAAAUAAUAAAAAAAUUGUGAGAAAUAUUGAAGAAAGUAAAUGUGCCAAAAAUUGUUUACACCCGCAAGGCAGCCAUAAAAAUGGUCUCUCUGCUACUUACUAUUUAACAACAAUGUCAUCACCGAUAACUACAGCAAAAGCUAUCACAUCUCCAAUUAGACGUAAUAACUUCUUAGCUAAGACUAAAACCAAUCAAACUGUACUAUCUAUUGAAUUCUUAAAAAAUCCCUACAAUUCUUCUUCUACAUCGUCGUCAUUAUCUAUUUCUCAACUAAGGCAACCUUCAAAGCAAAGUUCAAGCAAAAAUGUUUAUCAUAACAGCAACAGCAAAAGCAACAACAACAACAACAAUUUGUAUAAACCAUCCCAAAUGCCUUCAAUGAAGAAUGAACGUUACGUUCAGUCUGCAUAUAAAACUCAUUUAAAUAAUAAUAAAAAUAACCAUUACAAUAAUGAUAAAAGUUAUAAUUUAAAUAGAAAUAGAAAGAUUCCUGCCAACAUGAAAAAGAGAGAGCACCAAAGAGUUCAUAUAGCACAUAGAAUGCAACACAAAGAAGUCAAGACACAUAGGGAAACAACUAAUCGAAGAAAUCAUCAUGAACAGCAACAGCUGCCGUGGCCUGCCUCACGCAAUAAACGGGAUAAAGAAAGCUUUAAAAAACGUAAUAGACGCGAAACGGAGGAAUCGGAUCUUAGUUUUAACAGUUCAGAAAGCAAUCACGAAACUACAUCUCUACGAUCUGCGAUUAUUUCAUCCACAACUGCAACCACAAAUCUAGCACCAACAACUACAGAACAUAUGUCUAUGUCUACGUAUCACAAUGAAAGUUUAAAUUAUCAUCAUUUGAUUCCUUUGAUUGCGAUUAAAAGUAAACGCGGCCGUUCGUUGGUGCGAGUACCCGCCGAAGUUCUUAAGAAACCAAAAGAAUCUGUCGUAAUCAUCGAUGACGGUGAAGAAUUCGAUAGUGGCGCGCAACGUCAAAGAGAAUUUGCCGCUUUAGUUUCAAUGGGAGGCGAAGAUAAAAGUGAGGACUAUUCUCAUGACGAUGAGCCGAGAGCUCUACCCCUUAGACCUAUUUUACCUAAUCCCUAUGAAGAUGAAGAGAUGUCCGUAGUCUAUGCCGAACAACAUUCCGAAAUACGUUUAAUGUGCGAAGUCGAUUUGGAUAUAGCCUCUACCAUGUGGUACAAAAACGGACAAGUAGUUCAUGCCAUGGAUCGUACAACACGGGUAACUGAUUAUCGUUUUAUCAAAGAGGCCAACGGUGCUUUAACCAUAACCAACGUCAUGCUGGAGGAUGAUGGAAAAUGGCAAUGCGAGGCCGAAAACACACGUCAAUACACAUUAAACGCAAGGCCCGUUAAACUUGUGGUACUGGAUCGUCCUAAACCACCUUAUUUGCUCAUCGAUUCAAGGCGCUUAGAUGCUGGUAAUAUAUUCGUGCCGGUGAAAGAAAACUCUGAACUAAACUUGGCUUGUGUUAGUGAAGGUGGCAAUCCGAAACCCACCCUAACUUGGGAAGUUUUAUUAAGUCCUGGCGUGGAUAGACAUGCACAAAAGGUUUCCGUUGAGGAUAUGGAAUUGGAAGAAAUCAAAAAUGAAAAGGAUAAAAAUACGUAUAAAAUUAAUAGUGGCGCUAAAAGUGAAGCUCGCCUAAAGGCCGUAUAUCGCACCCAUCAUAAUGCGCGCAUAUUAUGCGUUAUGGAACAUCCCACACUUAAAAUACGUCAAAAUGCAUCACUGCUACUGGAUGUGCAAUAUACGCCUUCAUUUGCGAUUUCUCGUACGCCCGGCUUUGGCUAUCCUUUGCGAGAGGGUAUAGAAGUUUCAUUGAAAUGCGAUGUUGAUUCCAAUCCACCCAGCACGCCGCGCUGGCAAAAGGAUGAUGGCGAACCACCGGUGCCUCAGACUGGUGACGGUUUUCUUAACUUCACAUCCAUACGACGCGAACACUCCGGCUGGUAUAAAUGCACAUCGAGGCAUUUAAAUUUUCAAUAUUCAUCGAUUGGUUAUUAUCUGAGCGUGAGAUACGAUUCGGUGGAUGUAACCUCGGAACCGGACGAUCAAGACAUGUCUGUAGCUGCUUCUUCUCAUAAUCCCAACAAAGGACAGUUAGAAGUACAACUCGGUGGAGCGGUAACGUUACAAUGUCCUCAAGGUUCCUUAGGCUGUUGGAGUCAUUUGGAUCCAGUGACGGCGCGUUUAAGAGGUUUGGGUCAUGGCCUGUCAACACCCACUGGACAAUUUUCAUUGAAAGAUGUUGUUUAUCAAGACGCUGGCACUUAUAAAUGCAUCGGGCAGUCGCCUAUGAAUAAAAAGAAAUUGGAAGUCUUGCAGACGGUAGCCGUUACUGUGAAAGGUGCACCUACAGUAGUAGCACGUAAUUCAACGCCAGUUGCAUAUCCUGGCUCGCCUUUGCAUUUAGCUGUUGAGUUUUGUGCGAAUCCUCCAGCUCAUGCUGCUCGUUGGUUGCAUGGCGAUCGCGUUUAUACGCCCGGUAAUCAAUACGGGAAUACAGUAUUAGCUUAUGGCGUAACGGAUCUACCGACCCCGUAUUGUAAAGAGGCCCGUCUAACGUACGUUAGCAUGCAUGAACGUGUUCCAAGGACUUUUUACUUUAUUGUCUCUUCACCGGGCGGUGUAGCCGAAGCAAUUUUUAAAGUUAACUUUACAAUGCGUUAUCGUACCAUAGCCAAUGCAAUUGACGAUGAAGAGGAAGAACUUAGCGAACCUGAGGAAAUACAUUUUCCCGUCUUUGAUUCUUCGAAUAAGUCAAGACCUCUCACCAAAUACUUGAGUUUACUUAUUUACAGUAUCAUAUUUUUUUUAUACCGCACAUGUUAGAGAAGGCUUCAGUUUUUUGACAUUUUCUUGGAAAGUUAUGCAUUUCUUAGUUAUGAAUAACAAAAAAAGAAAAACAAAAAAAAAAACAACAAAAAAUAUUAAUAAGAAUCUGUGAAUAUGUUACGUGAGUGUAUGUUUCAUGUGAAAAUUAAUGUAGGUUUCUGUGAAUGUGUGCGUGUAUGUGUGCGUGGGUGCGGCAACGGAACGUAAGUAAGUUACAAUAACUUUACUCAAAACUUAAUCUGAACACUGAACUUAACUCUUUUACAUCUAAGAAAUGAAAGCAAAAAAAAAAAGAAAACAAAAAAACAAAGCCAUUUAUAUUCACUCUCUUUCGCGCUUCUCUCUUACUCUUACAUCUCUUUAGACCUAAGCCCUGUUAUAUGCUAUAAAUACUGUUUUAAAAACAUUGCUCUUAGUGGUAGGUGCUUGGAGUGGCGUUUUUUGUACAAGUUUUUUUUUUUUUUCUUUUUCUUUUUAUAUGUACAAACCCGCCAAUUUUGUUUUAGUAAUUUAGGAAAAAAUACACCAAAAGCAUUUUUUUUUUUUAAAUUUUUAUAUAAAUAAAUAAAGAAAUUUAGUUGCAUUUUAGUGGAUUCUUUCUUCAAUGUAAAAACUUACGAGUAAUGUAAU